AUGACAUCCUCUAAUAAGACUGCCAGCUCCCCGAUUUUCCUGCUGACGGGCUUUCCUGGACUAGAAAAACACCAUUCCUGGAUUUCCCUCCCCAUCUGCUGCAUGUACCUCGUGGCCAUCACAGGCAACUGCACCAUCCUCUUUGUCCUCAAGACGGACCAAUCUCUCCACACCCCCAUGUACUACUUCCUUUCUAUGCUGGUGCUCUCAGACCUGGGCUUAUCCUUUGCCACUUUGCCCACCACGCUGAGCGUCCUGUGGGUCAACCACCGUGUGAUCCAUUUUGAUGCCUGCUUGGUCCAGAUGUUCUUCAUUCAUACUAUCUCCAUUAUUGAGUCUGGUAUUCUACUCUCUAUGGCCUUUGAUCGCUUGGUGGCCAUCCAGAACCCUCUGAGAUACACAAGUGUUUUGACCAAUGAGACAGUAAUCAAGAUUGGGGUGGGGGUGGCCCUUCGAGCUGCCUUACUUGUGUUCCCAACUUCCUUCCUCCUAAAGCGUCUGGAGUAUGGGAGGAUGAAUGUUCUCUCAUAUUCAUUCUGCUUGCACCAGGAUAUUCUGAAGGUGGUCCUCUCAGACAAAAGAAUCAGCAGCAUCUAUGGCUUGAUGGUGGUGGUGUCUUCUAUGGUUCUUGACUCUGUAUUGCUUGUUUUGUCCUAUAUUAUGAUCCUCAAAACCGUGUUAAGCAUUGCCUCUAGGGUAGAGCGUGUCCGAGCCUUGAACACCUGCAUCUCCCAUAUCUGUGCCGUCCUAACCUUCUACACGCCAAUGAUUGGACUCUCAAUGAUCCAUCGAUAUGGGAAAAAUGCUUCUCCUGUUGUUCACAUCCUCAUGGCCAACGUCUAUCUUUUAGUGCCGCCCCUUAUGAACCCCAUUGUAUACAGUAUAAAAACCAAGCAGAUUCGGAUGAGGAUCUUUAAUAGUCUCCUGAAAAGAAAAGAGUCAACUAUGGCCUCUUAGAAUUAGCUUCUGGUGAAAGAGAGUUUUGAGAACAUGGCAAGACAUU